AUGUCGGCGCCAACAGCUCCAGAGUUCAACUCGUCCGAGCCCUGGGGUGGCAACCCAUUGACGACCGAUGUCAAUGCCCAAUAUGCUGGGCUCGAAUUCCACUACGUGUAUCUUGCAUUCUGCUGCUUCGUAGUCUGGCUCAUUAUUCCGGGUAUCGGCCUCCUCUAUGGUGGCCUCGCUAGGCGGAAGAGCUCGCUGUCGCUACUGUUCCAAUCCAUUAUGGUCGCUGCCGUCACCACAUUUCAAUGGAUGUUCUGGGGCUACUCACUGGCAUACUCAAGGACCGCAAACGCAUUCAUCGGUAAUCUGGCCAAUUUCGGUCUGAUGAAAGUCAGAGCUGCUCCCAGUCCUGGUAGUGCACUAAUCCCCGAGAUCGUCUUCUGCCUGUACCAACUCCUCUUCUGCGCCUGCACAGUCCAGAUUGUCAUUGGUGGCUCCUUCGAAAGAGGUCGGAUUCUCCCUUCAUUGAUCUUCAGCUUCUUCUGGGCCACAGUUGUAUACUGCCCCAUUGCUUGCUGGACGUGGAAUAGCAACGGCUGGCUGUAUAACCUGCCAUCGCUCGACUUUGCAGGAGGUGGUCCGGUGCACAUUGCAUCGGGCUGGGCUGGUCUGGCAUACGCUUUGGUGCUUGGUAAGAGGCGACAUGCCGGAGAACUAUCGCACAAGAAGCCACACAACACAACCCUGGUUUUCCUGGGAACAGUCCUGAUCUGGUUCGACGCAAUCAGGUUCGGUUGGUUUGGCUUCAAUGGCGGGUCCGCGUUGAAUGCAUCGAUUCGCAGUAUGUAUGCGGCAUUCAACACCAACGUCGCCGCAAGCUUCGGUGUGCUUGGGUGGGUUCUCGUCGACUUCAUUCGGACCAAGGGCAAAUUCAGCGUAGUCGGUGCCUGUGAAGGCGCAAUCGCAGGUCUGGUAGGCAUCACGCCAGCUGCUGGAUAUGUCAGUUUGUGGCUAGCCGCAGUCAUUGGAUUCCUGACCGCCGUUGUGUGCGCAAGCCUGCAGGACCUCAACGACUGGCUCCACAUCGACGAAGGACUUGAGGUGUUCAAACUGCACGGCGUGGGAGGCAUGGUGGGCUCCUUCCUCACCGGAAUUUUCGCAGACCAGACCAUCUCCGCUCUGGACGGCAGCUCGCUCUAUGCAGGUGGCAUCAACGGCAAUGGCGUGCAAGUUGGGAAGCAAUUCGCAGAGAUCACAGCGAUCAGCUCGUACUCCUUCGUUGUCACUUGCAUUUUGCUUCUGCUCUUGAAGUAUAUUCCAGGACUGGGACUGCGCGUAAGCGAAGAGGCUGAGAUGCGCGGCUUGGACCUGGACCAAUUCUUCGAUGAACAGAUUGGAGACUGGACAUUUUUCGAAACCUUCCAAGGAAACCAUCAGCUCACCCAUGGCAUACCACAAGCAGGGUUACCAACGAGCAGUGCAGUCAGCAUGCAUGCAGAGCACACGAAAGCAGAAAGGCAAGACUAG